UUUUUGCCAGAAUCCUGAAAGCUCCUGAAUCCCAAAAUAUCACCUUUGGGUCUGUGGUGACAUUGCGGUGCACAGCGACUGGCCUUCCAGUCCCCAGUGUCACCUGGCUGGAAAAUGGGAAAGCGGUUUCUGCAGGGUCUAUAGUGGAAAGUGUCAAGGACAGAGUGGUUGACUCCAGACUGCAGGUGUACGUCACCCGACCUGGUCUAUUCACUUGCCUUGCCAUGAACAAACACAGCAAAACUUUUGGAGCCGCAAAAGCUGCAGCUACAAUCAGUGUUUCAGAGUGGAGCAGGUUAUACAAGGGUGACUCAGGCUACUGCAGCACAUACAGAGGUGAGGUGUGUAGUGCUAUCCUGGCAAAGAAUGCUCUUGUUUUCUUCAACUCCUCCUAUGCUGACCCAGAGGAGACCCAAGAGCUGCUUGUGCACACUGCCUGGACUGAACUGAAAAUGGUGAGUUCAUUCUGCCAGCCGGCAGCUGAGUCUCUGCUGUGUAACUACAUCUUCCAGGAGUGCAAUCCCUCGGGAGCCGGGCCAGCUCCAAAACCAGUGUGCAGAGAGAAUUGCCUUGCUGUAAAGGAUCUCUACUGCUUUAAGGAAUGGCUCUCGAUGGAGGAAAACUCUCAGAAGGGGAUUUACAAGCCAGGGCUGAUGCUGUUCACUCUUCCAGAAUGCAACAGGCUGCCCAGCUUGCACCAGGACCCCAGCGCCUGCACCCACAUCCCUUUUUUUGAUUUUAAGAAGGAGAAUAUAACAAAGACCUGCUACAGUGGCAAUGGCCAGUUUUACCAAGGCUGGACCAAUGUCACGGCCUCCGGCAUUCCCUGCCAGAAGUGGAGCGACCAGGCUCCCCACUUGCACAGGAGGACUCCUCAAGUAUUCCCCGAGCUGUCUGAUGCCGAGAAUUACUGCCGCAAUCCAGGAGGUGAGAACGAACGUCCCUGGUGCUACACAAAAGACCCAUCUGUGACCUGGGAAUACUGCAGCGUAUCUCCCUGUGGAGAUG